AGCAACAGCAGCAGGAGUCGGAGAAGCUCCGCUGAGGAGAAGCGAGGCGAACGAGGACAUCGGCAGCCGCCUCGGAGCUGAAGGGAGCCGGAUCCGCCGGCCGCCAAGCGCCCCCCUCAGGAGUCCGCGCGGGCUCCUCGCGACGCCUCUAACAUCGCCCAGUGCUCGGCCAGCAGCCCCAACAUGGACGAAGACGGAGGAGGAGGAGGAAACGUGCCUGAUGAUCUUUCUGUAGAAGAGAGAGAAGAGCUUUUCAAUAUUCGCCGUAGAAAAAAAGAAUUAAUUGAUGAUAUUGAGCGGUUAAAAUUUGAAAUAGCAGAGGUUAUGACUGAAAUCGAUAACUUGACAAGUGUAGAGGAAAGCAAAACUACACAGAGAAAUAAACAAAUAGCUAUGGGAAGAAAAAAGUUCAAUAUGGAUCCCAAGAAGGGAAUCCAGUUCCUCAUAGAAAACGACCUCUUGCAGAAUACUCCUGAGGACAUUGCACAGUUCCUUUAUAAAGGGGAAGGGCUAAAUAAAACUGUCAUUGGAGAUUAUCUCGGUGAAAGGGAUGACUUUAAUAUUAAAGUACUUCAGGCUUUUGUUGAACUCCAUGAGUUUGCUGAUCUCAAUCUUGUACAAGCCUUGAGGCAGUUCCUGUGGAGUUUCAGGCUUCCGGGAGAGGCUCAAAAAAUAGAUCGUAUGAUGGAAGCUUUUGCUUCACGUUAUUGCCUUUGUAACCCUGGAGUCUUUCAGUCUACAGAUACAUGCUAUGUGCUAUCCUUUGCAAUCAUUAUGUUAAACACUAGUCUACACAACCACAAUGUAAGAGACAAACCAACAGUGGAGCGGUUUAUAUCUAUGAAUCGAGGUAUUAACGAAGGCGGGGACCUCCCCGAGGAACUGCUGCGGAAUUUAUACGAAAGCAUUAAAAAUGAGCCCUUUAAAAUCCCAGAAGAUGAUGGGAAUGAUUUAACUCAUACGUUUUUUAACCCAGACCGAGAAGGUUGGCUGCUGAAAUUAGGCGGAAGAGUGAAAACAUGGAAAAGGAGAUGGUUUAUACUGACAGAUAAUUGCCUAUAUUAUUUUGAAUACACAACAGACAAAGAACCCAGAGGAAUUAUCCCUUUGGAAAAUCUCAGCAUAAGAGAAGUUGAGGAUCCGAGAAAACCGAAUUGCUUUGAGUUGUAUAAUCCCAGCCAUAAAGGACAAGUCAUUAAAGCUUGUAAGACGGAAGCAGAUGGCAGAGUGGUAGAAGGCAACCAUGUGGUUUACAGGAUAUCUGCCCCCACCCCUGAAGAAAAAGAAGAAUGGAUCAAGUCAAUCAAGGCAAGUAUCAGCAAGGAUCCCUUUUAUGAUAUGCUGGCAACGAGAAAAAGAAGAAUUGCUAAUAAAAAAUAAGCACUAA